GGGACGCCGGCGCGCUCCGCUCGCCAGGUGCUCCGCCUGGAAAUGUCUCCAUUAGUUGUCGCCUGCUCCCCGCCGGAGCGCGCGCGCCGAGCGGCCGCGCAGAGCCCUCGCGGGCGGCCGGUAGUGGCCGGGCGCCACCGCAGCGCCUAGGAGCCGGCGGCCCCGGAGCAGUGGCCGCGCCAGGCCGGCCACCGCGCGCAGGACCCCGCCGGCCCCGCCCGCCGGCCCCGGGCGGCGCCCGCCAUGUCCUACCCGCAGUUUGGAUACCCCUAUUCCUCCGCACCCCAGUUCCUGAUGACCACCAACUCCCUGAGCACGUGCUGUGAGUCGGGGGGCCGCACGCUGGCCGACUCCGGGCCCGCCGCCUCGGCCCAGGCGCCUGUCUACUGCCCGGUCUACGAGAGCCGGCUGCUGGCCACCGCGCGCCACGAGCUCAACUCGGCCGCGGCGCUCGGCGUCUACGGGGGCCCCUAUGGCGGCUCGCAGGGCUACGGCAACUACGUGACCUACGGCUCCGAGGCGUCCGCCUUCUACUCGCUGAAUGGCUUCGACUCCAAGGACGGGCCUGGAUCUGCGCAUGCGGGCCUCGCGCCUGCAGCGGCUGCUGCUUACUACCCCUACGAGCCGGCGUUGAGCCAGUGUCCCUAUGACAGGUACGGGACCAUGGACAGCGGCACGCGGCGGAAGAACGCCACGCGGGAGACCACCAGCACGCUCAAGGCCUGGCUACAGGAGCACCGCAAGAACCCGUACCCCACCAAGGGCGAGAAGAUCAUGCUGGCCAUCAUCACCAAGAUGACCCUCACGCAGGUGUCCACCUGGUUCGCCAACGCGCGCCGCCGCCUCAAGAAGGAGAACAAGAUGACGUGGCCUCCGCGAAACAAAUGCGCAGAUGAGAAGCGCGCCUACGCGGAGGGCGAGGAGGAAGAAGGGACGGAGGAGGAAGCCCGGGCGGAGCCCCUCAGGAGCACCAAGAAUGAAGAGCCCGUGGGCAAAGAGGACAAGGAUCUGGAGCUCACUGACCUGGAGGACUUCGACCCGCUGGAGGCGGAGCCCCCUGAGUGCGAGCUGAAACCGCCCUUCCAGCCCCUGGAUGGCGGUCUGGAGCGCAUCCCUGCCGCACCGGAUGGUCCAAGCGCCCCGGGAAAGGAGGCCUCCGGCACCCUCCGGAUGCCCCUGGCUGCCGGUGGCGGGGCCCCCCUGGACCAGGACCUAGAGAGGGCCAGGAGCUGCCUCCGGACCACAGCGGCAGGGCCGGAGCACCAGUCCAGUGUGGGGGGCGUCUCGCAGGCUUGCGAGGCCAAGCUGGGCUUCGCGCCUGCUGGGGCAACGGCGGGCCUCGAGGCCAAGCCGCGCAUCUGGUCCCUGGCUCACACGGCGACUGCUGCUGCCACGGCCCUGAGCCAGACUGAGUUUCCGUCAUGCAUGCUCAAGCGUCAAGGCCCGGCGGCCCCUGCGGCCACCUCCUUGGCUCCUGCGUCGUCCUCGCCUGCUGCCCCGGCCCCCACUGGUGUCCUGGACAGGCACCAGGACUCCCCAGUAACCAGUCUCAGAAACUGGGUGGAUGGGGUCUUUCACGACCCCAUCCUCAGGCACAGCACUUUGAACCAGGCCUGGGCCACCGCCAAGGGCGCCCUCCUGGACCCAGGACCGCUGGGACGCUCGUUGGGGGCAGGCGCCAACGUGCUGACGACGCCCCUGGCGCGCGCUUUCCCGCCGGCCGCACCCCAUGACGCCCCCACCUCUGGCGCAGCCAAGGAGCCCCUGGCCCUUCCGAAGGCGGGAGGCAAGCCCUUCUGCGCCUGACCGGCCCGCCCCUGAGCGGAGGAGGAGCCCAGGCUCGGCUGCAGGCCGGUGGGUCACAGACUCUUUUUUUCUACCAAGUUUCCAAAGCAGGACGAGAGCAUGGCAAGGUUCAGGCAGCGAACCCACCGUGGAGGGAGGAGCCAAGCUCG